AUGCCUUCAUCUAGACAUAAUCACUCUCCACACGACCAUAGAAUCCCUCGUCGCAGGUCGGCUUCGCAUAGACAAGAAGCCAGAAUAGAACGACAUGCUGCUUCAGAACCGCAACUCGGAAACCAUGGAAGCUCUCUGUUUGUGGUAGACCGCCAAGGUGAUCGUCGAAAUCUCGAGUACGGUGCGCCCGAUCGUUAUGCUGUCCCGCGUUUCCGUUCAGCUGGAAAGGGUUCCGUCCUAGGUCUCGCUCGCAACCAUCGUAUCACCGAUGCAUCCGAAACGCGGAGAGUUGUCGAAGAUGCUGAGAACGAUUCAAGCCGUAGAUACCACAAGCAAUCCCUACUUGCCUUUGUUCCACCUGAGGACGACAAACCAAGUACGCUACCAGGGGUUCAAGACGAUUGGCACGAUGUCCAACGGGACUACAUACCGUUUAUUGAUGCACACAGACGAAAACGUACAAGACUAUCAGAGGCAUUUGAAGCAGCAUCUUCCGAAGGAGAAGGGAGCGAUGCAUCGGCUACCGAAAUGAGUGGCAAAGCAUCGCAUCUCGAAGUCUUUGACGCCUUCAAGAGCGACCCGAUCCACCAGCGCCAGCUCCAGUUAUCAAAAGCCACAGAGAAUAACCCUGGAGAUGUUCGUGCAUGGCUCGAUCUGAUUAGACAUCAAGAUGCUACUUUCAAAAAUCAAAGCAACGUCCCACUGCCAAGUUCAGCUUCGUCUCGAAGCCUGGCCGAUCUCAAGAUAUCACUUUACAGGGAAGCACUUCAGCAAGUCAAAGACCAAGAGGGAAAAGAAGCCUUGCUCAUUGGCUUGAUGCAUGAGGGGGCCAAGGUAUGGGGUGUCCAUAAGCAGAUGUCUGAAUGGGACCACGUCCUUCAAACAUGCCAUUCCGUGGAGCUCUGGACUCUCUAUCUGAAUUUCAAACAGACAAAUGUCUUUGAUUACAGUUCUCAAGAGUGCUUAAAAGUAUAUCAAGGAUUCUUACAGGUUUUGAAUGCUUUAGACCCCGGGAGAGCCAGAGAUGAGAGUUGCAUCUACAUCAUCUUGCGCCUAUCCUUAUAUCUUUGGCAGAUAGACAUGACAGAACUUGCUAUUGGUAUAUGGCAAGCUCUCCUUGAGCUUAAUUUCUGCAGUCCUCGAUACCAAUCGCCAAGUCAAAGCUUAGCUUCAUUCGAAGAGUUCUGGGACAGCGAAGGCGCCCGGAUUGGCGAGGACAAAACAAGCGGGUGGGGUUCUGGUCUUCAUGCAGAAGUUGACCGGAAGAUUGAGCGGAACCUAAAGAGCAACCAGAACCUAGAUUUGGACACCUGGGCCCAGAUUGAGACAGACCUCUGGCACAGCUCUGGUCUGCCUGCAAGGUCUUUAGACGAUACAAACGACGAAGAUCCUUAUCGCAUUGUCUUGUUCUCAGACAUACAACCGUACCUUUUAUACCCUACGACAGAGGAGGGUACCAUUUUACUCUUGGAUGCAUUUUUGUUGUUCAGUGGACUCGAUCCAAUUUCUACCCUUUCUGCGGCAGGGAGAUGGCAGACUGACCCCUUCAUUUAUAGCCAUUUUCCCAGCUCCAAAUCCUCUCGAAUGUCUCCUGUAGCCACAAGCGAUACUGCCAUGCCACCAGAUAGUCAGUCGAGCACCCUUGAAUUGAAGAUGCACAAGACAGAACACACAAGUCUGAUCUCUCCGAGCAACUUGCCAAUUGCCAUGUAUCCCGACCUCAUUCAUCGGGCACUGUCCCAACUCACGCAUAUCGGUCACGAAAUUAUCCCCAGAGAUAUCAUAAUGCAAUAUGUUAUCAGUCUAGAGGCAAGUAUCGAUCUCAAGGCGGCACGCAAACAGGCCAAGUCAUUUUUGAAACGUAUGCCCAACAGUCUGAGACUGUACAAUUCCUACGCUCUGAUAGAGUACCAAUUAGGCAACUUUGAACUGGCUGAAAAGGUUUGGUCGACAGCACUAUCCCUGCAAGCAUCUCUGAACGCCCGGAAGGAUGAUUUUACCUUUACUGCGUGGCGUGACUGGGUGUGGAGCUAUAUGUCUCUCAGGCUUUUCCACAAAGCUGGGCUGCUUUUGGCAUUGAUUGCAGAUGGACAAGUUCAUCUGUCCCAACUGCAAAUUCGGGAGUCGAGUCUGGCCGUAGCUGCCCGGAUCAAGGCCGAGCGAUUUCUUGUCAAGGAACUUGAGUCUUGUCUUACUGAUCGACAUCCGCGCAAUCUGGUACCCGUGAUUGAUUUAUUGGCCUUUCACAUGUAUUUGAACUACGACUGUCAGCUAGACAGAGCCUUACAGAUUUUCUCUAGGUACCUAUUGUCCAUCGAAAGACUUGCUGCAGAAUGGGUGCCAGAGAUUUUGGAACUUGUGCACGAACGUCGCGCUAUAUUGGUACAUGCGCAUGCAACCACCUUUGGCAGGCCUUUCAAGCCCAAGCAACUGUUCACUGCCUUGAAAGAAUCUAUCCACAAAUUCCCUGGCAGUUGCUUUCUUUUAGGGAAACAUCACAUUUAUAAUCAACAGUCGGGGGCAGUGGAUCGGUUGCGGGAGCUGGAUCUGAAAUCCCACCAUCACGAGCAAUCUAACGACAGAUCACUUAGCGUGGCUUCAAUCUGCUUGGAAGUUUCCAUCGAACUAGCGCGCCCUUCUUAUUCGGGGAGCACAAACCACAGCGUCCGAAUGGCUUUCCAAAGGGCUGUCAGCGAACGCUCAAGCGGUAUUUACUGUGUCACUCUAUGGAAGUCAUAUAUUCUAUGGGAGCUGACAAUUGCCCAACACAGCAAUGACACGCUCAUAAGCAUGUCUCGACCAGUGAAGCAACCCGCUCGCAAUGUGAAGGAUGUUUUUCAUGCAGCCUUGAAGGCAUGUCCUUGGUCCAAGGAGAUCUACAUGUUACCCUUCCGAGAGAGCUUGCUGAAAUCUUUUUUCAGUAAAGAGGAAUUGAAGCAGCUGUAUCACAGUAUUGUUGAACGGGGCUUGCGCGUCCGAUUUGACAUCAGCGACAUGGUGGUGUAG